AUGGCGGAUGAUCUAAUAAUAAGAAUUCCAAAGAGCCUAGCACAACUAUCUCUUCUGGAUGAUGAAGAUUCAUUGUUGGUCACAUGCGACAUCUGCUUUGAACCCGUGAUGUUUCCGAACAAACAGUUCCAAAACAGCAAUCGAUGCAUCCACCGGUUCUGCACGGAUUGUGUCAUCAGAUAUAUACAAACAAAACUCGAAGACAACGUCUCAGACAUCAAAUGCCCUUGCACCACAUGUGCUCACUCUCUCGAUCCCCUGUCAUGCCGCCCCAUUGUUUCAAACCGGCUGUUCACCCGAUGGUGUGACGCGUUAUGUGAGUCGACGGCGUUGGGCUUUGAAGGAGUUUAUUGCCCUAACAACGAGUGCUCGGAGUUGAUUAUGAACGAGUUUGGGGAUGGCAAUGUGAAGAGAUGUGUUUGCCCUGCUUGCACGAAACCCUUUUGUUUCCAGUGUAAGGUUCCGUGGCAUGAUGGCUACACGUGCGAAGAGACGAGGGACGGAAACAAUGUCGAUUUUGCUGUGGUUUGCGAGAAGAAUGGAUGGAACUGGAAGAGAUGCCCCAAGUGUGGCCACUGUAUUGAGAUUGAUCUAUAUUGUUACAGAGUUGGUUGCUGGAUUCUUAAAUGCAGGUUUGUUCUUCUUAAUUAUUUUUUCUAGAAGACGUA